AUGAAACGGGUGCGCACCGAGCAGAUUCAGAUGGCCGUGUCCUGCUACCUCAAGCGCCGGCAGUACGUGGACACCGACGGGUCCCUGAAGCAAGGCCUGCGCCUGUCCCAGACCCCCGAGGAGAUGGCAGCCAACCUCACCGUCCAAUCAGAGUCCGGCUGUGCCAACAUCGUGUCCGCGACCCCGUGCCAGGCCGAGCCCCAGCAGUAUGAAGUGCAGUUCGGGCGGCUCCGGAACUUCCUCACCGAUUCCGACUCGCAGCACAGCCACGAAGUGAUGCCCCUCCUGUACCCCCUCUUCGUCUACCUCCACCUGCACCUGGUCCAGAACAGCCCCAAGAGCACGGCCGAGAGCUUCUUCAGCCGCUUCCACGGCAUGUUCCUGCAGAACGCCAGCCAGAAGGACGUGGUGGAGCAGCUGCAGGCCACGCAGACGCUCCAGGACAUCCUGUCCAACCUCAAGCUGCGCGCCUUCCUGGACAACAAGUACGUGGUCCGCCUGCAGGAAGACAGCUACCACUACCUGAUCCGCUACCUCCAGAGCGACAACAACGCGGCCCUGUGCCGGGUCCUCACGCUGCACAUCCACCUGGACGUGCAGCCCGUCAAGAGGACCGACUACCAGCUCUACGCCGGCGGCGGCGGCGGCGGCGGGGGCGGCGGGGGCAGCUCCUCGCGGGGCGAGGGCAGCGGCCUGGAGCCCGCCGACGUGCCCGGCCCGAUCCUGCAGAACGAGGCCGCGCUGGACGUCCUGCAGGAGAGCAUCCGGCGCGUCAAGGAGGGCCCGCCCUCGCUCACCACCAUCUGCUUCUACGCCUUCUACCACACGGAGCAGCUGCUCAACGCCGCCGAGAUCUCCCCCGACGGCAAGCUGCUGGCGGCCGGCUUCGACAACUCCUGCAUCAAGCUCUGGAGCCUCCGGUCCAAGAAGCUGAAGGCCGAGCCGCACCAGGUGGACGUGUCCCGCAUCCGCCUGGCCUGCGACGUCCUGGAAGAGGAGGAGGAGGAGGAGGAGGCCGCGGGCACGGAGAUGAAGACGCUGAGGGGGCACUGCGGGCCCGUGUACAGCACGCGCUUCCUGGCCGACAGCUCAGGGCUGCUGUCCUGCUCCGAGGACAUGUCCAUCCGGUACUGGGACCUGGGGACCUUCACCAACACCGUGCUGUACCAGGGCCACGCCUACCCGGUGUGGGACCUGGACAUCAGCCCCUACAGCCUGUACUUCGCCAGCGGGUCCCACGACCGCACCGCGCGGCUGUGGUCCUUCGACCGGACGUACCCGCUGCGGAUCUACGCGGGCCACCUGGCCGACGUGGACUGCGUCCGCUUCCACCCCAACUCCAACUACCUGGCCACGGGCUCCACCGACAAGACCGUGCGGCUGUGGAGCGCCCAGCAGGGCAACUCGGUGCGGCUGUUCACGGGCCACCGCGGCCCCGUGCUGUCGCUCGCCUUCUCCCCCAACGGCAAGUACCUGGCGUCGGCGGGCGAGGACCAGCGGCUCAAGCUGUGGGACCUGGCCUCCGGGAGCCUCUACAAGGAGCUGCGGGGCCAUACGGACAACAUCACCAGCCUGGCCUUCAGCCCCGACAGCAGCCUGGUGGCCUCGGCGUCCAUGGACAACUCGGUGCGCAUCUGGGACAUCCGCAACAGCUUCUGCAGCGCGGCCGCCGACGGCUCGUCCGGCGAGCUGGUGGGCGUGUACACGGGCCAGAUGAGCAACGUGCUGAGCGUGCAGUUCAUGGCCUGCAACCUCCUCCUGGUGACGGGCAUCACGCAGGAAAAUCAGGAACAUUGA